GUCGUAAAAAAUGUACCGAUUAUCCAGCGCAAUCAUUUUGGGGUUGAUUGCGAUCAUCGCCCUGAUCGAAGCACAGCUGGAGUUGGCGAAGAAUUACGUUUGCACCGAAGAUUUCUGUGAUAAUUAUCGCGAAAACAACGAAUGUGAUGCACUCAAAACGGCCUGCAGAGUACAGAAUGCGACACACAAUGGUAUCAUCUUUCCAUCUGCAACGCCUUGCUCCUGUUGCAAGACUUGUGUGGAGAAUCUAAAGCUCGGCGAUGACUGUUCGGUCGGUGGGCUAGGGUAUCCAGUGCCGGCGGGAAUUUGCGGCCCGGGGCUCUACUGCAAGGUAGCAGAAGGUGAUGAACAUCCAACGUGUCAACCGAUGCUGGAGUCGAGCAAGUGUUAUACCGCCCAAAAGAACUUUGAUGAUCAACGGCAGGCAGGACUUAUUGGACAUCUUAUGCAGCGUCCAGAGUGUGAUGGGGAUGGAAACUUUCAACCCGUUCGAUGCAUUCCCGGACAAACGUGCUACUGCGUUGAUGAGGAUGGGCAGCGAAUAUUUGGAGAAGCUGUCCACACUGCCAGCAUACAGAUUUCAAUGCGAUGUGAAUGCUCCCGCCUGGCGGCAAAAGCACGCACUCUGCUCAACUCUCAGUAUCCCGUGCUGACGUCACGCUGUGACUCAAAAGGAUCCUUCGAUCAACUGCAGUGCGUUGACGAUAUGUGUGUUUGCGUUGAUAUGCACAGUGGACGUCCAACUUCCGAUCUUCGAAACGUCACGCGCGGUCUUUCGAGUCUUCCUUGUUUCGAUAAAAGACUGCACGAAAACACAACCUACCUGCGGGACUGCGAAAAUGUAAAGAUCACCCAAAUCUACGACAUCAGCGAGUACGCCAUGGAGGACUACAACGUGCUCGAGUUCGAUCGGGACAUCUGCCAGCCGGAUGGAUACUACGAUCGCAUACAACUACACCCGACCGGUAGCUACAAGUAUUGUUCCGACAAGGACGGUGCACCGAUCGAGGACUACCGGGCGCCGGUAGGUUCAAGGCUUGCCGCGUCCAUGAACUGCAAGUGUGCCAGGGCGAGGAAGCUGCUGAUCGAUAGCAAAAGUCUCGAGAUCCCCGAGUGCUGCCCGAACGGGAACUAUAAACGGUUGGCGUGUCGACGCGGUGAGUGCUACUGUGUGGACGAGGACGGUGCUCAGGUCGGUAUUGAGCGACCGGAAAAGGACAAACAGAACCUACCCUGCUACAACGAAGGAGACUACUGUCCCCUGACUUGA